AUUGUAGUCUCUGGUUGGCAACAAUCAAUCAUCAGCCCCUUCUCUCUCUCUCUGCUCAACAAUGGCAAAGCGAUCGUCGACUUCGCAGUGGUUAACACCAGUGAGCUCCCUCUUACUUCCACGAAGCGGCGACGCACUCUGGUACACCCUUUCUUUGCUCUCUCUCUCCUCCCUUCUCCUCCACCACCUCUCCCUUCCCACCUACGCCGUCACUCCUUCCCCUCACUUCGAAGGCUUCGGCGACGACCUCGAUGACCCACUUGAUGAUUCACCUAUCCAACUCACCGAUCUCCCCCCUUCCCCCACCUUGACUCAGUCCGAUUCCCAAACUCACCACGGUCCACCUCCUUCGUCGUCGUCUUCAGAUCUUCAAUCUCAAUUCACCGAUUCUCCGCCGUCGCGUAAACCCUCCUCGCAGUUCGAGUACUGGGAUGAAGACGAGUUCGAAGGCCUUCCUACCGAUUUCCAACAAUCUCUCCCUGAAUCCCCCAAAGUCAGCGAUGAUACCACCCCUUCUGAAAACAACAAAGAAGUUGCAUCUUCGUUAUCUGAUGCAAAACCCCAAUUUGUCGCUGACCCUAAGUCUUUGAUUGCCGUUUACGCGAUAGAGAUUGCUUGUGUUAGUUUUUUGAUUGUGUUUGGGAUCAACUACUUUACUGGGAAGAAGGAGAAUGAGAAUCUAGCUUUAGCUUGGGCGGCGAAAUUCGCAACUAAGGACACUAUCUUCGAGAAGAAUUUCUCUCUGCUCGGGGUGGGCGAGGGGGAAGAUUCGCCAUUGUUGUUGAAAGAGGGUCAGAAUGUGUUUAAAUUCUAUGCUAGUGGUCGGCGGUACUGCCAAGGGCUGUUGGCUACCUUAGAGUUGAAGAGUAGACAUGAUUUAAUAUCCAGGGUUUACAAUGCUGUAGUUCCUACUAAAGAUGAGAUUACUUUCGAGGUUUAUAUGAACGACGAAGCCAUAGAUCAGGUGGUCUUCGCGGUGGCAAGGAAGAAGACGGCGAAAACUAUGCUCAAGGAGUUUCCAGAUCUUCAGAGAUUUGGGUCUUUAAUGCCCCCACCUAGUAAUAAGAAGUGGGUUGCUGAAGACUUGAGUGUUGUCUCUGAGUCUAAGGAGGUUGGUGCUGAUUUAAUUACUGAGGUUGUGCUUGAUCAGGUCUUGGGGGAGAAGGCUUUUGAGAAGUUUGGGAAGUACUUUAUCUCGAUGCAUUUCUCAGAUCAACAAUCAGGAAUCCAUAAAAAGAAAUUGGUGUUCAAAUUUGCUCUUCCAGAUCAUAAGAACAUGGUCGACAUGACCAGGCUUGUGGCGUUGGUGCCAUAUUACAUUGAUUUAGUUGGACGAUACAAAUUGAGUUCACAGGCACGUUCCAAAACUGAUUCAGCCAGAGUUAAGGCUGCCCAAGAGGCAUACAAAGAAUUGCAGAAUGUUAGGCAAGAAACCUUGCAGAGAAAGAAAGCAGAUAGGAGGAAGAUGAUGGAGGAGGCUGAAGCAAAGCUGAGUGCUGAGGCCAUUCGUAAGAAAGAAGCCAAAGAACGUAUUCGUCAGAUGAAAAAGUCAGGGCCAAAAAUGAAGAUGACUCGUGCACAUUAAAAAAACUUGAAGAUCCCACCCCAUCUUCAGUGACGGAUUAUUUCUUCUUUGUACCUCUCUAGAUAGAAUAACUCCCUUUCGUUAUCUGAUCAUUUAUGUACUUGAAAAUGUACGAGCAACAAUUGAGAUUACUACAUCGUCAUCGUUUUCAUUACAAUCCCUAGUUUUUUAGGGUGUAUUUGGAACUAAAGCAAAUACUUAAAACUUGUAGCAUUUUUUGACAUUAACAAUCUAUAAUCGACAACUUCCCAUGCCAA